AUGAUUAUGCCUAAGGACAAGGGAUGGAAGCGCUCCCUUGCUGCGAAGAGGAGGAGGGAGGAGCAGCUUGAAGGAAAGCCUGCUUUCCCGAUAGCGGUUCACCUUCCGCCUUUUUCCACCGGUGCCGAGACCUUUACCCGCCUUGGUACUGGUUCUCGCCAUUCGGUGAAGCCGUGGCCAACUUCCACCGUCACCGGGAAGUGCCACAAGUUGGACUUGCCGCCGGACUUGUCCUCUGACAAGAAGUUCGUUCUGAUUGUCGGGAACUCGCAUCUUCGUGCUGUCGUUGAUGCCAUCGUGCCGAUGCCAGAGGGCUGCCUGUCCUUUGCCAUCAGUGCGACUCCCGGAGGUUCUGCCCGUGACCUUCGGAUGCAGCUGGCGGCUAUGACGGCUAAGCACAUACCCAAAGAGCCCGCUUUGGUGUGUGUCAUGGCGCCGUGCAACAACCUCACGGCCAGCAGGACGGUUGACGAGGCUGCAGAGGAGUUUGGCCAACUCCUCAGGUAUGUCUGCGGCCGCUGGCCAAAGGUGUGUGUCGUGGAUUUCCCACCUCGCCUUGCUGGCAGCGUGGAAAUUCAGACCCUCCUUCGCCAGGAGUACCACCGUGUGUCAGCCCGCUUUCAGGUCAACUUUGUCCAGAUAGCCGACCACUUUCCCCGACACCGACGAGAGCUGUGGUGCAGGGAUGGCAUCCACCUGAGUGAUGACGCUGGGAUGGGAAUCCUUGUUCAGUUGCUGUGGCAGGCUUGCUACACGCAGCUAGAGGUCUCUUCCCCCGCUUCCUCUGUGGCGGCGCCCCGCCCUCGCACAUCCACCAGAAGGGUCUCGCCAAGAGUGGUUGUGACGGGACCGCUGCCCGUGCCACGACCACCCCCUCCUGAGUGGAUUCCCAUUGUGCGGGGCAGAAAGAACCAGCCUAGGGACUCGGCCUCCCCUGUGGGUCCCAAGGGGCGCCUGGUUCAACGGGAGGUGGAGACCGUCUUCUCCAUCCCCCUGUCGCCCGUCCUCUUCAGCCCUGCUAUGCUGGUCGAGAUGGAUGCGAGGUUUCCAUUUGGCCUGACCAGCUCUGUGGAGGACGUGGCCACCUUUCCUUCGGGAAAGAAGACGUCUCGGGCGAGGCGUCGCAAGGCUGCUUCCUCAAAGAAACGCCAGCCCAAGCGGCAGGCGGGGGCAGCGCCUGUGGUUGUGGAGGUGAGACCCGGCUCACCAUCCAGCUUCGUGCCUGCAGUGGAGAAGGACCAGGCGGAGGCAGUUGUGGUAGAGGUGACACCAGGAUCGUCCCCUACCAGCGUGGCCAUCCUGGAUUCGUUCCUGGAGGACCAGGCGGAGGCAGUUGUGGUGGAGGUGACACCAGGAACGUCCCCUACCAGCGUCGUCAUCCUGGAUACUUUCCUGGAGGACGAGUCCGGAGAUGUGGAAGUGACUCCAGGAACAUCACUUGCCAGUUCCAGGGACCAAAUGCAGAUGUUGAUGGACGAGGCCAUGGACAUCAGCCCUCCUGUGACCCCGCCGCUGCCGCCUCUGACCUGUCCUCUGCCUUCUUCUUCUGUGACCAGUCAGCCUUCUCUUCUCAGCCCUCCACCAGCUGUCCAAGAGGAGAGAGCUUCUGACAAAGAUAAGUCUUGUUGUGCACAUGUUGUACCCGUCGGUGUUCCUUCUGUCGUGAGGGGUAGUUUUCAUCAGGGUGAUUUUAGGUUUGAGUAUGCAGGUGUACAGUGUAUGGCGAUAGCUUUGGUAGCUUUAGCUAAGCACUUGGUGUGUAAUGUGUUUUCAUGGGAUCAGAGGCAGUUAGAUUUGGUUUUGAAUCUCGGGGAUGCACUGUACACAGACCGUCGGAAUCGGGGCUUGACUCAUGGGCGUGACUUGUUAAUUGCUUCAGACCUGCCACGUGAGUCAGUUAUAGAUGGGCAGCAGUUUAGCUUUUCUUUCAGUCAGCCAGUUAAUGGGGCUGCAAAUGUUGUCGAACAUGAGUUUAUUGAGGUGGGCGCGUGGGUAACCUUAGAUGGUGCUUUAGAGCAAAUGUUGGCACAGUACGACACAUGUCUUAUGACACUCUGUGGUGCUGCUUGUGCCAUUAUUAAAGACAAUGGGCGGUACGCUGUAGUCGAUUCUCACUCGCGUAGUGCUGAAGGAUUGGUAGAUCCUGAUGGUAAAAGUGUGGUUAUGUAUUUUAGUCAUAUUGAUGAGCUUUACAGUUUUUUUUGUACAUUGGCUGCAUGCUAUGGUGACGAUUCAGAUGAGUCUUUCAAAGAGUUUGAAUUGACUGGUGUUAAUGUCGUUGUUGCAGCUGAUUGUGUGAGGGGCUUAAAGUGCCAAGAGGCCGCAGAAGUUUCUUCUUCUGUACUCCCUGACAAAAACCCAAAGCAGGACAUUGAAGUUGUUUCUGAUAGUGUGAGGGGCUUAAAGUGCCAAGAGGCCGCAGAAGUUUCUUCUUCUGUACUCCCUGACAAAAACACAAACCAGGACAUGGAAGUUGAUUUAGAUGUGCUCUUUACCAGUGUUCAAGACAGUGCCCUGUCCUUUAAUCCACUAAAUGAAAGUGUUUGCAAGGAUUUGUGCAAACACAUUAAAGCUGAUUUUCAGAAGCUUGGUGUGGCAGAUCCAAAAACUGUAGGGCCAUUAGGAGUGCCAUGUAAAAAUGACAAAAUAGUUGCGGACGGAAAUUGUUUCUUUCGGGCGGUUUCACAGGCCAUUAGUGGCACUCAAAAAUAUCAUCGGAAAAUUAGACUUGCAAUUGUGAAACAGCUUGAAAAAAAUCCUUCAAAAUACAACACCCUGUUGCGCGAUGGCCACUCAUCUGUGGACCAAUAUAUCAGUGUGUCAAACAUGCGUAAAGUUGGCACAUGGGCCACAGAAGUAGAAAUCCAGGCAGCUGCGGAUUAUUUAGGCGUCGAUGUAUUUACAUUUUACAAUGGACAUUGGCUUAAAUAUGGUUGUACUACCAAGCCUCUGUCAAACAAUGGCAUUUACCUAGAGAAUAUUAACAGUUGCCAUUAUGAAAAUGUAAUUUGUUAUAAAGUUAAUAUAAAUCAUCAAAAUAAACUUAAAGCUGUUAGUAUCAACAAAUAUAAAGUUAAUAUAAAUCAUCAAAAUAAACUUAAAGCUGCUGGUAUCAACAAAUAUAAAGUUAAUAUAAAUUAUCAAAAUAAACUUAAAGCGGCCAGCAUCCAAAAAUAUCAAGUUAAUCUACAACAUAAACAAAAUUUAAAGGCAGCCAGUAAACAUAAGUACAAAGCAAAUCCCCAACAUCAACAAAAAGUAAAAUCAUUUGGCAAACAAAAAUAUCAUAAUAAUGAACAAUUUAAAAAGAGAACUCGGGCAGCAUUUAGGAACAACCAAAAGCAAUUGAAACAAAAACGGGAAAACUUCAGUUAUGUUUUGGAACAGUUUUUAAAGGAAGAUCAAGAUGGUCCAGAGUUUAUUUGCUGUGUGUGUUUAAAACUGUUAUUUAGAAACCAGGUCUUACCUUGUAGAAAGGAAGACUUUAUGGUUAAACCAAAAUGUGCAGAUGUAGCCAAUACCUGCAUCUCUGAGGCCUAUUUACAUGUGUGUGAUAGUGAUUGUCCAUCUCCGUGCCCCCUCUACGAUUGUAGAGGUAGUUUAUGGAUCUGCUACACAUGCAACUCGAAACUGUGUAAGGGUCAAAUGCCGUCAGAAUGUUCAGUAAAUAAUUUGGAAUUGGACGAUAUUCCACCUGAGCUUGCUUGCUUGAACACUGUUGAACAGCACAUAGUUGCUCUUAACAUUAAUUUCAUGCAAGUUUUAGCUUUGCCAAAGGGGGGUCAGCGAGGGAUCCACGGUCCAGUGACAUGUGUGCCCUCAAGAGUAACCGAGUCAGUGAAGCUAUUGCCGCGUAGUAACAUGGAUGGUAUUUUAUUGCCGGUAAAACUAAAACGUAAACUUACAUAUAAAGGGCAUUAUGAGUAUCAGUAUGUAGAUACAGAACGUGUGCGGAGGGCCAUUGCGUUUCUAAAACAAAACAAUCGGUAUUAUUUAGACAUUGAUUUUAAUGAAGAGUGGGUGAAUGAAUUUGUUAAAGAGGAAGCUAUGGAUACGGUUGUGGACGCUAAUGUCGAAGGACAGGCGGAAGAUUUAGAUGAUGAGCUUCUACAUGAUAGACAGCGUCAUUGCAUGUAUCAGGAUACGUUUUUCAUGCCGGUCGAUAUUGCUCAGGAAGCUCUUGACCACUAUUUUGAGGGCAUUUUGAAUUUGGCUCCAGCCGAGGGGAACAGUCCGGUUAGUUUGCUGUCCGAUAAAGAAAAUGAGGCUAAAUGUUUUCCGAAGGAGUUUCCGCUAGGUUGUAAUACAUUUCAUAGUCCUCGGCCGGUUCCUUUGACCAUGUGCAGAUAUUUCAUUAACAGACUGCUGCAUGUGGACGGUAGAUUUGCACAAAAUUUUAAGUUUCUUUUCUUGGCGUUGUACAUGUUAGAAGUUCCGCAGGUUGUGUCAAAAGUGUCGAUAGCGUUGCGUAAGGGACAUUCUGGUCAGGCCAAUGCUGCUGCAGGCGAAGGAACUUUAGAAAAUUUGUUACAGUAUGAUAAUGGUUAUCGUUUUAUGCAGCCUAUUAGAGGUACGCCGCCCUUCUGGCAGACUGCACAAAAAGAUUUAUUUGCGUGUAUUCGUCAGCUUGGUAUUCCAACGUGGUUUUGUUCGUUUAGUUCCGCAGAUCUCCGCUGGCCAAGCCUCCUUAAAACGCUCUUAAAGCAGGAAGGUAGUACCCGGAGUGUUGAAGAUUUAGAUUGGGCAGAAAGGUGUGACCUUUUGCGUCGUCCCCCUGUAACCGCAGCUCGCAUGUUUGACUCCCGUUGGCAUCGAUUUUUACGUAAAGUUAUUCUGUCCCCCGCUCAGCCAAUCGGUAAAGUUAUCGACUAUUUUUAUCGGGUAGAAUUCCAACAGCGCGGGUCUCCCCACGUCCAUUGUUUAUUUUGGAUUGAAAAUGCUCCAAAGCUUGGAGUAAAUACGGAUGAGGAGGUAGUUCAGUUUGUUGAUAAAUAUGUCACGUGUGAACUACCCUCUGAUCCGGAUUUACUGGAAAAAGUUACUUCGGUGCAGCAGCAUUCUAAGCGUCACUCAAAAACAUGUAAAAAAAACAACAAAGUCUGUCGUUUUAAUUUUCCACGUCCGGUAUCAGCACGCACGUUUAUUAAACAAAAAGAUCCUGAUUCAGAGCCUCUUGUGACGAAGGAGGAAGCUGAAUUUAUUAUGAGCGUGCUGAAGAAUGCUAUCGUUGAUGAAAAUAACCUGUGUCUUAGUGCAGAUGAGUUGUUUGCGUCUUUGGGUUUAUCGCAGUUCACAUUUGAACAGGUGUACAGCGUUUUAGAUGGACACACACACAUAGUUUUAAAGAGGGACGUGGGUGAAGCUUGGAUCAAUAACUACAACGAGAAAUUAUUAACCUGCUGGAACGCCAAUAUGGACAUCCAGUACGUUGUAGAUGCGUGGGCUUGUGUCGUUUAUAUUAUUUCUUAUAUUUCCAAAGCAGAGAGAGACAUGGGUUUAUUGUUAAGUAAUGCACAAAAAGAAGCUUCCAAAGGUAAUGUCAGUGCAAAAGAGGCAUUUAAAAAAUUGGGCAGCGUUUAUCUUCAUAAUCGUGAUGUCUCUGCACAGGAAGCUGUCUACCGCGUGACAAACAUGCACUUAAAGGAGUUUUCAAGAAAAGUUACAUUUGUCCCGACAGGCAAUAAUAUAGUGCGUAUGAGUAAACCAAUUGGCGAAAUAGAUGAUGAAAUGGGGGAUGAUAUUUGGAUGACAAAUACCAUCGAUCGUUAUUUAAGUAGACCAGAUGACAGCACAUUUAAUGACAUGUGCAUCGCGACAUUCGUAUCCGAAUAUCGCUUGCUUGGGCCGUCGGACAAAUGUAAAAAUCCUAUUAUUUUACAGAAUGGAUUAGGUGCGAUUACCAAAAGAACACGGACCAAGGCCGCAGUUGUUAGAUAUGCGUGUUUUUCUGAAACUAAAAACACAGAGUUAUUCCAUCAAAGUAUUCUUCAGCUAUUCAUGCCGUAUCGCGUCGAUACUGAUUUGAAACCGCCUCCAUUUGAAACAUUUGAACAUUUCUAUAAAACUGGGGAUGUGCGUUUGAGUGACGGGUCUGUGCAAUUGGUAAAGUCGAUAGUUGAUUCAAAUAGGCGUCGCUUUGAACUUGCAGCUGAGGACUUGGAUGAGGUUCAUGAGCAGAUGGAAUCUGGAGAGAUUCAUGAGGAUGCAUGGGGCUUGCUCUGCCCAGAACUAGAAGUGGAGAGGUUGGAGUCGAGGGAGGAGUUUAGGGAGAUGUUGCAGGCUGUUGGUUCUGAGCAGGAGCAAGAGGCUAUUCCAGACUUGGCUGUAAGAAACGAGCAAGUUUGUCACAUAGAGAAAAGAAAUGUGAUGAGUCGUCAAGAGGGUCUUUUACUUGUGAAAACUCUGAAUGAGCAACAACUGUCCAUUUUUUACAAAAUACGGCAAUGGUGUUUAGACCAAGUAGCUGGUAAUAACCCAGAGCCAUUGCAUGUUUUUAUCACAGGUGGAGCAGGCACAGGGAAAAGUCACCUGAUCAGAGCGAUUCAAUACGAGGCGUCGCGUCUAUUUGCUCCUAUUUGCCAUAGUCCAGAUAAUGUUAGUGUUUUAUUAACGGCUCCGACAGGGAUAGCAGCAUAUAAUUUACAGGCGGCUACUAUCCACACAACGUUUAGUAUCGGUACUAAUGUUUCUCUCCCCUACACACCACUGGGGGAGGAAAAGAUUAAUACACUGCACGUUAAAUAUAUGGAUUUACAUAUUGUAAUUAUCGAUGAAAUAUCCAUGGUUGAUAGAAAGUUAUUUACUUAUAUUCAUGGGCGAUUGCGUCAAAUUAAACAGUCAGGUGACUUUUCUCCAUUUGGAAAUGUGUCUGUUAUCGCUGUUGGGGAUUUCUAUCAAUUAUCACCGGUCAUGGGUCAAGCUCUGUACAAAGAAAACAUAGGCGUUAAUUUAUUUACAGAUUUAUUCAAAAUUGCAGGGUUAAGAACUGUAGACAGACAAAAAGAUAACACUUUUGCAGAGCUGUUAAAUCGGCUUAGAGUCCGCUCGAGGUCGACACCACUGCUUGAUGGGGACAUAGAUAUAUUAAAACAUUGUGAAACAGGCGAAGAUCCCGACGUGUUACACAUUUUCACCAAAAACAGCUUUGUAUCAAAUUACAAUUUAAAGAUAUUGAAUAAAGUGUGUCCAGAAAAGGUAACAAUCAGUGCGCGUGAUUUUGGCUAUGACAAAAAGACCGGGAAGUUAAUCGAGGUACAAGGCCAUCUCCAUAAAUCCAAACAGGCCAGUUUGGAGGAGUCUUUAAUCUUGGGUGUAAAUGCGCGUGUUAUGCUUUGUAAAAAUGUAGAUCUAGCUGACGGUUUAGUAAAUGGGGUAUGUGGCAUUGUUACACAUAUAGUUGAAAAUCCAGAGAAUAAACAGCCUCCUCUAGCAAUCUAUGUUAAAUUUGACGAUGAUCGAGUAGACGCACAGAGGAGGAGGAAAACACGUACCCCUGCUCACCUGACUGGUUCUACUCGCAUAGAACCAGAGGAGGAGCAGGCGAAUAAACGAGGGGAAAAGCGGCGUCAGUUUCCUCUUAAACUUGCGUGGGCAUGCACAGUUCAUAAAGUGCAGGGCGUUACUGUAGAUCAAGCAGUGGUGUCCCUUAAACAAGUAUUCACGGCGGGUCAGGCGUAUGUGGCCCUUAGUCGCGUUAGAAGUUUAGAGGGUCUUGUCAUUCAGGACUUUGAUGAAGAUGCCAUUUAUUGUAACGAUGGCAUUAGAGCGGCGCUUCAGAACAUGCCUCCCUUCAUAGUCGAGAGUAUGCCCUGGCACCUUCAAGAGGCACAUGUCCUGACAUUUUUUUAUAUGAAUGUUCAUGGUUUAGAACGGCAUGUGUCCGAUUUGGCUUUAUGCACACAGCACUGGCAGCCUAACUGUAUCGCUGUGGUAGAGACAUGGUUAACUGUAAAUUCAUCUUUUCAAACUAGUCAAAUUGAAGGUUUUAACUUCCAUAGUCGUCCCCGUAGUUUAUCUUAUCAGCAGAGUAACCAUCCAGCACUGACUAGUCUACUGGGCAAAGCGCACGGUGGCGUUGGGAUUUACUGUGAAGAAAACCUUAACUAUGAAAUCACAGUACGAGAUUUUAGUUUAGAAUGUUUAGUGAAUUAUUUUGCAGAGUAUAAAAUUAUAGUUUCUGUUAUUUACCGCCCACCGUCAUACCCCAUGUCUCUAUUUAAGUACAAUUUGGACAGAUUAUUGAAUUGGCUUGAAUCACAUUGUGCCACUGUGGCAGUGACGGGAGAUUUUAAUGAUGACAUAUUGAAAUCUUCAAAUCUCUGCAAUUUUAUGAUAGAAAAAGGUUAUGUUCAAUAUGUCACAUCUCCCACAACAGAGAGGGGGACAUUAAUUGAUCAUUUAUAUGUGAAAUCUACAGAGUAUGACAUAGAUUCUGUAGUGGUGCCAACGUACUUCAGCGACCAUGAGGGGAUAGUGUUUUCUUUUAAGGCUAGAUCUACAUAG